CGCGUUUUCUCCUGGUCAUACGGCCAGUUUGUGACCUCUGACCCUCCGGCGUAUCACGGCUCUAGUACUUCCGGGGGGAAACGUAAACUCAUCACAAGCGCAGCUGGAAUGGCACUGCGGUGCCGCACUAUUAAGAAACCGGGAACGAGUCCUUUCUGAACUGAGCAGCACGAUGGAGGGCCCCGUGUAUAUCUCCGCUUUUGAGAGCCAGCUCUCCUCCUUCAUGGAUUGCCUGCUGAAGCAAGCCGUGUCCGGCAUCACCAGGCUGGUGGAGGACAGCGUGGUCGGUCUGUACGGCGAGAUCGCCAGUAAAGAAGCCGAAAUCAAGGCGCUGUCGGACAGGCUGCAGGAGUGCGAGCGAGAGCUGGCGCUGGUGGGGACGGGCGAGGGCGACGUCCGCCCGGGCGGCAGCGAAACGGACGAUGGACCUGCGGGGGGAGAGGGGGGCUGUGACCUACGAGCGACGUCUGCCGGACAGGAGCCGGCUUACUGCGGCGCCAAGGCCGCGGUGGUGACGCCGGCGUACCCGGACAUCGUCCACAUCAUCGUCGCCCCCCAGCCCUUCCCCGCCUCGGAGCAGGAGGCCUCGUUCGCGGCCGCCACCCUGGCCGGCGUGGCCAACGAGCACGAUUACGAGCCCCUCGCGCCCCCCGGCUGCCCCAGAGGGGGCCCUGUUGAGGAGGAGGAGGAGGAGGAGGAAGAGGAGGGGGACGAGGGGUAUUACAACGGCGUCUCUGAUUCCCAACCGGCCGCGGGACAGGGCGAGCCCGGCGUCCUGCUCCUGGCCCCCGUCUCCCACCCCGCGGGGGUUCCCGAGGACCAGAAGAGACCGCCGCCGCCGCCCGCAGACGGGAAGCCCUACGGCUGCGGCGCCUGCGGCAAGAGCUUCGGCCAGGCCCAGCAGCUGUGGCGCCACCAGCGGGCCCACGCGGGCAAGCUGCGCCACCUCUGCCAGCAGUGCGGCAAGAGCUUCGGCCAGCGGGGGCACCUGGUGGCGCACCUGCGCUCGCACACGGGGGAGCGUCCCUUCGGCUGCGGGGCCUGCGGCAAGCGCUUCAGCCGGCCCGAGACCCUGAAGAAGCACCAGAGCGUGCACUCGGGCGUCACGCCCUACGCCUGCCCCCAGUGCUGGAAGAGCUUCAGCCGCGGGGACUACCUCAAGUCCCAUCUCGCCACCCACGCGGCGCUCAAAUCCCACCUCUGCCCCCACUGCGGCAAGGCCUUCGCCCAGGCCAAGCAGGUGAAGAUCCACGAGCGCGUGCACACGGGCGAGAGGCCCUACUCCUGCCCCGUGUGCCAGAAGGCCUUCAGCCAGCUGGCCGCCCUCAGCGUCCACAAGCGCAUCCACACGGGCGAGAGGCCCCACGCCUGCGCCCAGUGCGGGAAGCGCUUCGGCACCCUGGGGGCCCUGCAGGUGCACCGCCGCACCCACUCGGACGACAAGCCCUUCUCCUGCACCUCCUGCGCCAAGGCCUUCCGCACGGCCAAGCUGCUCAAGAGCCACCAGCGCACCCACACGGCGGAGAAGCCCUUCGGCUGCGGCGAGUGCGCCAAGGCCUUCAAGACGGCGGCGGAGCUGCGGCUCCACCAGAGGGCGCACACGGGCGAGCGGCCCUACGGCUGCGAGCAGUGCGGCCGCACCUUCCACCGCGUGCACCACCUGGAGUACCACCGGCGCACCCACACGGGCGAGCGGCCCUACGUCUGCGACGUGUGUGGCAAGAGCUUCGGCCGCGCGCAGGUGCUCAAGACCCACCGGCGCGUGCACACCGGCGAGGCGCCCUACGCCUGCCCCGAGUGCGGGCUGAGCUUCAAGCAGCUGGGGAACCUGCUGAGCGUGGAGCUGCCCGGGGUGCUGAUGACCAGUCUGCUGCUGCAGCAAGGGGCUGGUGUAGCAGCGCUUUCACGCUCGGACGCGGGGCGACGCGGGGGUGGCGGGGCAGGGGGGGGCUGGUUCUAA